AUGGAUUCGAAAAUAGAAAAUACUCAGUAUGCGUAUUUAAAAACACGUGCGCAAUUUGGAAAAUGGUGCAAUUUUUCGGAGUAUAAUAAAGUGGAAGUGGAUAUUAAAUCUGAUAAAUCAUUAAUGCAUGAUUAUAUUAGAGUAGAUCCAGUAACGAGUGCUACUCAAUGCAGUAAAAAUUAUAGUGUACAUGAGGUAAAUACAACAACUGCGACAUUCAAAGAUGCAGGACUACAUCAUGUCGAAGGUGGAUGGCCUAAAGAUAUAAAUAUGCACGACAUAGAGCAGACUGUUCGUUAUAGACGUAAAAUUGAAAAGGACGAACUUUAUAUUCAUACAAUGCUACAAUUAUUACCUGCAAUGGAACAUUGUAUCCUUCAGAAUAACGCUUGCAAUAUUUAUCAGCAGUAUUUUAAUGACACAGAAGCAGUACCAUUAGUCCAAAGAACAUAUUCACGUACUGUCAAUGUUUACCGAGAUGUUAUACCGGUAAAACGUCCCAUUACUCAUCUCUCGUGGUCACCAGAUCAAGGUACACGUAUGGUUGUUAGUUAUUGCAAUAGAGAUUUUAAAAAGUCAACAAUUCAUAGCAACUUUUCUUACAUUUGGGAUAUUGAAAAUCCAAAUAAUCCACUGAUGACUCUUAAACCAUUAUGCCCAAUAGUUGCGACAGAAUAUAAUCCUAAAGACAGUAACACACUGAUAAGUGGUUUAAUAUCGGGCCAAGUUGCAAGUUGGGAUUUACGACGUGGAUAUGAACCCGUUGAAGUAAGCGUUGUUGAGAAUAGCCAUCGUGACGCUUGCAAUAAAGUUUUAUGGAUAAAUUCUAAAACUGGUACUGAGUUUUUUAGCUCAUCAAGGGAUGGUCAAAUAAAAUGGUGGGAUACAAGAAAACUUCAAACGCCGAUGGAUACAUUAGUUAUUGAUCUAGUUAAACCAGAAGAACAGGAUAUUGAUCGUGCUACUGGAGUAACGACAUUGCAAUUUGAAUCAUCACUUGGUACAAGAUUUAUGUGCGGUCUUGAAAAUGGUAUUGUUAUAUCGGGUAAUCGCAAAGGUAAAACACCCAGUGAAAAAAUAGCAACACGUUUUCAUGCGCAGUAUGGGCCAGUUAUUACUGUAUUGAGAAAUCCAACUUUUGUUAAAAAUUUUUUAACCGUCGGUGAUUGGGCUGCUAGAAUUUGGUCUGAAGAUUGUCGUGAAUCUUGUAUUACUUGGACUCCAGGACAUCGUGAACUUCUUACGGGUGGCGCAUGGAGUACAACACGUUUUUCAGUAUUUUUUUUAACUAAAACAGAUGGUACAUUAGAUGUAUGGGAUUUACUAGUUCAACAAGAUUCACCUGUUCUCAGUGUUAAGGUAUGUGAUGAUGGUUUAACGUGUGUAAAUCCACAUGAACAAGGUCAACUGGCAGCAGUAGCUGGCAAAAAUGGGACAACUUAUUUAUUAGAAUUUUCAGAAACACUAACUGUCAAUCAGAAAAACGAUAAACUAUUAUUUACAGCUCUCAUUGAUCGAGAAACUCGACGUGAAAAAGUUAUUGAAGCAAAAAAUCGUGAAAUUCGUUUAAAAAUGAAAUCAGUACGUGUUGAAAUAGAUUCCGAUGGUACGAGAAGUUCGAGAAAAAAUUCUAAAACUACUGAUGCUAAUAAUCCUGCUAUUGUACAAUGUGAACAGGAAUACGAAACAGCGAUCGAAGCAGAGUCAGCACGAUUUGCAAUGAUGGACGAUAAUGACAAUAAUAAUUUCACAAAUGGAACUGCUACAUAA